AUGCGCGACAUCGACUGCAUCAAAGGCAACGAGAAGCUUCUCGAUGACUUGAGCAAAUGUGUCUUGGCUAGCUCGGCGAAAAGGUUUCUUACUGAGUUGAUGGAUGCGCCCAUUCGCAACAAGACGAAACAAGGCACAGUCACUACAAUAGUCUUUGGAGUACUAUCCUUGGGAGCCUACAUUCUACGCGUAAUUGCACGCCUUCCCUGGUUCGGCGGAAAUUGGGGCAUCGACGAUUGGGUUAUGACUGCGGCCAUCAUACUCAUCAUCCCGCUCACGAUAUGCGCGUACCUUCUGAACCUUUUGGGGUUGGGUACGGAUAUGUGGAUGGUGUCUUUCGAAAACAUCACCAAGAUUCUUGAGAUCUUCUACUAUACGGAGCUUCUCUACCUUGCGUCGAUCGCAUUGACUAAGAUAGCAGUCUUGCUCUUCUACCUCCGCAUCUUCCCUCACCAGGGCCUCCGACGCGUCAUCCACGUUACUAUCGUGAUCUGCAUCAUGUACAUCAUCGCGUUCGUCACAGCGACCGCACUGCAGUGUAUUCCGAUACGCAUUGCGUGGGAACACUGGGACGGCGAGCAUCACGGAAAAUGCAUCAACCUUAACGCCGAUGCCUGGGCUUCUGCCGCCGUCAACAUCCUUCUCGAUCUAGUUGUCAUUGUUAUACCCAUGAGAGAGCUCAGCAAGCUCGCCAUGACCCGUCGACGCAAGUUUGGCAUCAUGUGCAUGUUCCUCGGUGGAGGCUUCGUCACCAUCGUCAGCAUCCUCCGCCUCAAAUACAUGAUCCAGUUCGCGCAAACCACCAACGUAACCUGGGACUAUCUACCCAUCGGAUACUGGUCCGCCAUCGAAGCCCACGUCGGCGCCAUCGUCGCCUGCGCACCCGCAAUUCGCCAACUACAACGUUCCAUCCGCGAACGCAUCUGGCCCAAACAGAAGACACCAAGUCAAUACUACUACGCAGAGAACUCAGGCAACAGCAGCAAGAAGAACAACGGCAGCAAAGACCUCAAGUCCCGCAUCUGGCUACCAAAGACCGAUCGCUCCCAACUGAGCACUCUGGGCCGGAGUAAGAUGGACAAAGACGACUUCGUCCGCCUAGACGAGUACGAGAUGGGCGUUGGCAUGGGCGGAAAAGACGGAGUCCUCACAGAUAGGAAUUCGCCGGAGAACUCAUCGGAUGGAUCACUGGAUCGGUCGUUCAAAUCGAAUGAGGAUGUGCAGCCGUUGGCCGAUGUUGCGGCGCCGGCGCCGGUGGUGGGCUCCCCAAUGGGAGGCAUCAUGGUGCAGUCAGAAUACAGUGUUGAUCGGGGGAGCUCGCAUCCGAGUUUGCAGGCUUUACCACCGAUUCAGCAUAAGAAGGAGAAGUCGUUGGAUGCGAGGAGGUGGCUUUGA